AUGCAGGCACCUUCCCUUUUUUUCUUUUGUGGACGACUCCAAACAUGGAGGCUUGAUGCAUUUUGUGUGGUGUGCGGGAGUGCGCCCAAUGUAGCGAAGCAUUUCUGCGGUCAACUUCUCGCAACUGGGCGGAACCCUCCUGUCACGCAAGCCGUGAAACCAAAUCCCGAGUUGGCGUCAAGACGAGCGGAACGAGCUGGAUCUCGCUGUGGACGUGGCCGACGGCUGUGCGGAUCUUCCACGUGGACGACAACGCGCUCACUUGCCAUUCCGGUGCAGGCAGGCGGCGGCCGGGAGCGCGCGUCUGACGCAGUGCAGAGCCCGCGGCGCGUUCACGUGCCAGCAGCAGCAGCAGCAUCAGGGGGCGCUACUACCGGCGUGGUCAUGGAUGCGCAUCUGAGUAGACUGGUCCCUUCAGUUCUGGUUCUGGUUCUGGUCCUGCAGGUUCACCUGUCCCAGGCUGCACCUCAAAGGGCGAAUCCAGAAAAACCUUACCCUGAUUCCAAUGUGCUGACCAAUCCUUUUGGAUCAGGAGAGGAGGAGCGAAGGUUGCUGCAGCGUUACAUUGAGUUAACAAGAAAAGACGGUGUCAAGAUCAACACGCGGGAUGAAGAGGUGUUCUACCUGUUUCGUCUCUAUGACUUCGACCGCAGUGAACGCCUGGACGGCUUGGAAAUGAUGAAGCUGCUGUCUGACUACAACUCCCAGCAUGCACCUGAGGACCAGUCCAAUGACAUGGUGGUGUCCUUGGUGGAUUUCCUUCUUCAGAGUCAGGAUGUAAACAAGGAUGGUCUCCUGGCCCCCUCGGAGCUGCUCUCUUCUCCAUUGGUUCACACAGAGAAGAACAACAACAUUCCUGUUGAGGAUCAGAGGGCGACAUUGGACGAGAGGAUGCCAGACGUCGACACCAAACAGGAGCAAGAAGCAGCCAAAGAGGAACCAGAAGAGCCCGGGGAACAUGUUCAGCCUCAUCAAGAUGAGGGGCAACAAGAAGUUAGGAAAGAAGAAGAAUCCUUACAGCAUCUAGAUGAACACAAUGGACAACAGGUCCCAGAACAUUUUGCAGCAGAGCAAAGACAUGAGCAGGAAGUGCCUGCGCAUCAGGGCCAACCGGAAAUAUGAACACACACACGCACACACACACACACACUGCAGAAGACUGAUGGCACACUGUAUAUGGUUGUUUAUGGUUAAAUACUGUCUUGGUAUAUACAGUAUACUCUGUGACACCACUUCUUUGCAAUAUUUACACAACAGGAGCAGAAGAAAAUAUUAUUUUAAUAAUGUAUUCAAACUAAAGCCACAAUUAAGUUAGAUAAUCAUUUAUAAACAUUCUUUUGUACAAUUUCAAAAUUAAAUAAAAAAGUACUAAAGCA